AUGAACAACGACCCAGAUGCUGCUGGGGAUCCGUGGCGGUGCUGCUACAACAACGCCGGCGAGGCCGCCGCCACCGCCGUGCCCACUUCGGGCGAAACCGGCAGCUUCUUCGCCGACAAGGCCCCGGACUACUCCACAGAUGACCUCUUUGAGCUGGUGUGGGAGCAAGAAGGACAAGAUGGUGGUGCAUCGGGGCCGGCGGUUUCCCGCCUCCGGUCGCGGAGGUUCAGCAAUCCGCCGCCCGAUGUGCGGUUCGAGCCACCGUCGGAGGACGAGAUGGCGGCGUGGCUCAUCAGUGCCAUCGUCAAAGGCGAUGAACUUGUCUGCAACGACGAUGGCGGCCGCCAACCAAUGGCUGAUGACAGUUGGGAUGUGCCGAUGAUGGGGACUACAGCGACGGCGACGAACAAGAAACAAAAGGUUACGCCGGAAGGGAAGAUGGGCACCGAGGAGAUGAGAAAGGCCCCGGCAGGAGGAUCAUCAAGGUCUCACCACGGAGAAGCACACAACCUGACAGAGAAGAGACGGAGACACAAGAUAAACGAGAGGCUCAAGACCCUGCAGCAGCUCGUCCCGGGAUGCAGCAAGUCCAACCAAGCCUCGACGCUGGACCAGACCAUCCAUUACAUGAAAUCGCUGCAGCACCAGGUGCAGGCGAUGUCCGUCGGCCUGGCGUCGCCGGCGGUGUACCCCGUCGUGCAGCCGCAGUGCGUGCCUCCGGCGACGCCAGUGGCCAUGCCAUUUCCAGCAGCUCCGAUGUUCCUCGGCGGCCACCCUCCGUCGACGACGAUGAUGGUUCCCUUCGGGACGACCAUGAUUCCGUUGCCCCAUUACCCUGCUGGAGCCGUGAUGAUGCCUGGAGCAGCCGUGGCGCCCCUGUAUCCGGCAUCGGCUCCUACAACCACUGCAGUAGCGCCUGGAGAUGCCGUGUCUGCCAGCCAUCUUCAUGGCUUUAGCAGCAGAAGCAGCAGUAAAGGAAGCGGAAUGGGAAGUAGCAGCUUGUGCCAAAGUGACAGAACCUGA